UCACGUCGAAGGGGCUAAACUAGAUGCGUCUUCUAAAUCAGGGUUUUCAGCCAUGGCUCAGUCUUCCAUUGUUCUUCUGGGACAUACUGGAGUUGGAAAAAGUGCUUCAGGAAACACCAUUUUAGGAAAAACGUCAUUUGAAUCAAGACGCUCCUUCAAAUCAGUGACCACAGACAUCCAAGAAGAAACCAAUUUUGUGUUUGACAGAAAUAUAUCAGUGAUCGACACACCAGGAAUACUAGGAGAGGACUCAGAAACGAAUAUCACAGCCUACUGCAAGGAGCGAAUGGAUUCAAUAUCUCUGUUUCUGGUUGUGGUUAAAGUAGAUCGAUUCACUGAAGAACAAGAGAAAGCGGUGGAGGCAGCUAUCAGAGUGAUUGAGCCAUAUGGACUAGAGAGAGGUUUCUUGCUCUUUGCAGGUAUUGAUAAUUUAGACGGCACACUGGAAGAUUUUAUCAAUGAAGAUACUGAGUCUCCUCUUCAGAGCAUCGUUGAAAGGUUUCAGAGAAGGUACCUGGGGUUCAACAAUAAAAAUGGAGGACCAGAGCAGGUCAGAGAGCUGCUCGACAAGUCAGUGAUACCAUCUUCAGUACCUGAAAUCCUGGAGAAGAGAAAUAUUGUGCUGUUUGGGCUGCAGGGAGCUGGGAAGAGUUCAUCAGGAAACACUAUUCUGGGGUCGCAAGUGUUCGAGUCAGAUUGUGGGUUUAAUUCUUGCACAAAAACGUGUCUCACCAAGUCUGCCAGAAUAGGUAGUCAAGAAAUAACACUGAUAGACACUCCAGGUUUGAGUGAUCUUAAACAGUCUCCUGAGCAAAUAGCCACUGCCAUAGUAAAUGCAUUAAAUGAAGAAGAGAUUCAUGCUUUUGUCAUCGUGGUGAAGAUUGAUAGAGUUUGUGAAGCACAUAGGGUCAUGUUUCAAUGUCUUCCAAUUUUGUUUGGCACUGAUGCUUUGAAGUCCACUAUGGUGCUUUUUACUUAUGGAGAUGGUCUGAAAGGUGAGCCCAUUGAGGAGAAGUUAAAGGACAGCAAAGAAAUAACAAAACUUAUCAAUCUGUGUGGUAACAGAUACUGUGUGUUUGACAACAAGCAACCAACAAACAGACAGCAAGUUAGAAACUUUCUACAAAAAAUAGAUAAGAUGGUUGAACUUAAUGGAGUAACAAAAUGCAACACACUCCAGGUUAUGUCUGGAUCUGGUCAGAAUGGUCCACCUGAUUCUGGUCCGUCCAAUUCUGGUCUAUCUGAUUCUAAUUUCAAGAAAAGAUAUCACAACUCAAGAAAAGAUCACCUUUCUCCAUGGGAGAGGCUUGUACUUUUUAUAAUGAAAAUUAGAGACUUAAUUAUAUCAUUAUUUUAUGAACCUGGAUCAUCAUCAAAGCCCCAUGUGAGCUUGGCUGUGUGUCUUUAAACUGCAUUUCCUCAUAAAACUAGAUUAGAUCGAGUGGGGAAAAAAAUUGCAGCACGCAUGCAAG